AUGUAUCGAGGUCCACCGGGAGAAAAGAAAUCCACUAACCCCAAAGAUUGGCAUGGUUUCUGCAUUGAUCUCCUUGAUUUAUGCUCCAAAAAACUGCAAUUCAAUUACACCGUUCACCCCGUAUCUGACGGUAACUAUGGCACAGGCAAAAUUAUCAACGGAGUGGAAGUUUGGGACGGUAUUAUCGGUGAACUCCAAUUUCGGAGAGCUGACCUUGCUGUAGCUAUGCUGACUAUCAAUCACGAAAGAGAACGCAUAAUUGACUUUACAACACCAUUCAUGAAUCUAGGAGUGAGCAUAAUCUUCAAGAAACCUGAGCAGAAAAAGCCAUACCUAUUCCAGUUCCUUCGACCACUUUCUCCUGCAGUAAGUUGA